GCAGGCGGGGCCGGGCCGUGGCCAGGAUGGCCGAGACUGCCGGGAGCGGGGCCCGCGGCCUGCGCUUUAAGAGCAAUUACGCGGUGCAACGGCGAAUCGAACCGUUCUACAAAGGAGGGAAAGUCCAGGCGUCCCAAGAUGGACAGCUCCUUUUCUGUGUCUGCGGCUCCGGAGUCAAUGUUGUGGACGCCACUUCUGGGAAUCUCUUAAGGACCUUUCAGCAGGAUGAUCAAGAGAUCAUCACAGCCUUUGAUCUCAGCCCCAACAAUGAGAUCUUAGUGACUGGGAGCCGUGCAUUAUUACUAACUCAGUGGGCCUGGCGUGAGGGCAAUGCCACCCGAGUUUGGAAAGCUAUACACACAGCACCUGUGGCCUCCAUGGCUUUUGACCCAACAUCCACACUGCUAGCCACAGGUGGCUGUGAUGGAGCAGUUCGUGUCUGGGACUUGGAACGAAGAUAUGGGACCCACCACCUACGUGGCUCUCCUGGAGUUGUCCACCUUUUGGCCUUCCACCCAGACCCUGAGCAGCUGUUGCUCUUCUCUUCGGCCAUGGACUGCACUAUCCGUGUCUGGGGUCUUCAGGCUGGAGCCUGCCUGGCCAUGCUGAGCAGUCACUACAGCACAGUCACUUCACUGGCCUUCAGUGAUGAUGGCCACACCAUGGUCAGUUCUGGCCGGGACAAGAUCUGUACUGUGUGGGAUUUGAAGACUCGGACCUCAGUGAAGACAGUCCCUGUUUUUGAGAGUGUGGAGUCUGUGGUGCUGCUUCCAAAAGGAGGGGAUCCUGAAUUGGGCAUGAACACCCCAGGGCUGCAUCUACUCACAGCUGGAGAUCGAGGAGUGCUUCGGAUAUGGGAGGUUGAAUCUGGGAACUGUGUGCAUACCCAGAAACCUAUUGCUGGUGAAGGUGGCCCUGGGCGAGAGAUCACACACUGUGCCCUGGUCCCAACUGCUGGGCUGAUCAUGGCUGUCACAGCUGAGCACAACAUCCUCCUUUAUGAUGCCCACAACCUUCGCCUUCAUAAACAGUUUGCUGGCUAUAAUGAGGAUGUGUUGGACGUGAGGUUCCUGGGUCCUGAAGAUUCCCACAUUGUUGUUGCCACAAAUAGCCCCCGACUGAAAGUGUUUGAGCUGGAAACGUCUGAUUGCCAGAUCCUAUGUGGGCAUACCGACAUAGUCCUGGCUUUGGAUGUUUUCCGGAAGGGCAGGCUCUUUACCAGCUGUGCCAAGGACCAGAGUGUGCGCAUAUGGAGAAUGAAUGCCACUGGGAAGGUGCAUUGCAUAGCCCAUGGCUCUGGCCACACGCACAGCAUAGGCACCAUCAGUUGCUCCAGGCUAAAGGAAACCUUCCUGGUAACUGGGAGCCAGGACUGCACCAUAAAGCUGUGGCCCCUUCCCGAGCCCGUAACAUCCAAGAAAAUGACCAAAGACCCCAACUGCGACCCUUUUCCUCUACAGGCUCAGGCCACCCAGCGGGCUCAUGACAAGGAUAUUAACAGUGUGGCCGUGUCUCCAAAUGACAAGCUGUUGGCAUCAGGUUCCCAGGACCGAACGGCUAAGCUGUGGUCCCUGCCUGACUUUUCCCUGCUGGGUGUCUUCUCUGGCCACCGGCGAGGCGUGUGGUGUGUUCAGUUUUCCCCCAUGGACCAGGUGCUGGCUACCGCCUCCGCCGAUGGCUCCCUGAAGCUCUGGGGGCUCCAAGACUUUAGUUGCCUCAAGACAUUUGAGGGUCAUGAUGCAUCAGUGCUGAGAGUAACCUUUGUGAGCCGAGGGACACAGCUGCUGUCCAGUGGCUCAGAUGGCCUGCUCAAACUGUGGACCAUAAAGACCAAUGAGUGUGUGCGGACACUGGAUGGGCACGAGGACAAGGUGUGGGGCCUGCAUUGCAACCGGCAGGAUGAAGCAGUUGUGACUGGAGCCAGUGAUGCUCGGAUCCUCCUCUGGAAGGAUGUGACUGAGACAGAACAGGCAGAAGAGCAGGCGAGGCAGGAGGAACAGAUCCUGAAGCAACAGGAACUCUCUAACCUGCUACAAGAGAAGCAGUACCUUCGAGCCCUGGGCCUGGCCAUCUCUCUGGACAGGCCGCACACUGUGCUGACAGUUGUCAAAGCCAUCUUGAAGGAUGUUGAGGGUCCGAAGAAGCUGGAGGAGAAGGUGCUGAAGCUCCGGAAGGACCAGAAAGAGGCCCUGUUGAGAUUCUUGGUCACAUGGAACACAAAUUCCCGCCAUUGCCACGAAGCCCAAGCUGUGCUGGGUGUCCUACUACAGCACGAGAGCCCUGAAGAGCUGCUGGCCUACGAGGGGAUCCAGGCUUCCCUGGAAGCACUGCUGCCCUACACAGAGCGGCACUUCCAGCGAAUCGGUCGGACGCUGCAAGCCGCCAUGUUCUUGGACUUUCUGUGGCAGACCAUGAAGCUACCCGAGACUUCAGCCAUCCCUACCCUAUAGCCUUUGUAACUACAUUUUGUAUAAAAGUCUAUCAAAUCUC